GGUGAUUUUACAUGCCGUUCUAGCCUCUAGGUUCUACUUUAUUAAUUUGCUCAAAAUUAAAGCCUUUGCGUGCAUUGGGAAGGAGGGGAAGCUAGUUUGCUUCAAGGAAUCAUAGCUGAUAAAACUCUUAAAACCUGCCUCCUCUUCUCAUCUUCCACUUACCCCAAUCGUCAGCAAGACCAACGCCGUGCUCCUAGCCGCCGCUUCCGUCUCAGCUAUCGUGUUCGGAAUAUUAAUUUGAUUCUAGAUCUGUUCAUUAUUAGAGGAAGAAAUCAUGGCAUAUGUAGAUCACGCUUUUUCCAUAUCCGAUGAAGAUAUCAUGAUUGACCCCCCCUACACCCUCAACAACCGACCUCCGGUGAAGGAGAUCUCUCUAGCCGUUUCUCUCCUCGUCUUCGGCGUCCUCGCAAUCAUCCUCGGUACUUUCAUGGCCGUCAACCAGAUAGGCGGUGACCGGGCACACGGGCUAUUUUUCGCCAUACUGGGAGGAAUUCUGUUCCUGCCCGGGUUCUACUAUACUCGGAUCGCGUACUAUGCAUACAAGGGGUACAGCGGUUUCUCAUUCUCCAACAUACCUCCCGUGUAGUCAUCCCAUUCUCGUCAUGUCGAUUCACAUAUACAUUGUGUUUUCUAAUGCUACAUAGCCGUUUACGUCAAAAUCUUGUAAAUAAUAAAGUGAAUCCAUCCGACAGUGUUGAUGUAGCGAACUGCUGAACAAAUGAUUGUUAUGUUGUUGGGGGUGUUUUUUAAUUGCUCGUUUGCUUAGGUUGAUAGAUGACCGCUGGUUUAGUUGGCUGUUUUAAUCGGCUGAUAGUAUUAAGAGUUUGUAAAAUGGUGUUUGGUUAACUAGCUGAUUAAAGUGUAAUGAUAAUUUGUGUAAUGACAUUGAAGGACAUACUUUUCUUUUUUUUUGACGUUUUCUUUAGUAUUACGUUAUACAUUUUAUGUAUAAUU